AUGAAGCACUACAGAAGCUUGAACCUAACGAGCUGUGUGCGAAGGUACUACAGCAAAACAAACCCAUUCGAAAGUGUACGCAAGAAAUUAAGUAAAAACAAUAUUUACAGUUAUUACGAUUUAAACGAAUUAAAUGAUAGUAGAAUAAAGAGACUACCAUAUUCCAUCCGGAUAUUACUAGAAUCGGCUAUACGAAAUUGUGAUAAUUUAAAGGUAACUGAACAAAAUGUACAUACCAUAUUAGAAUGGGAAAAUAAUUGCAAACAGAAAAAAGAAAUUCCAUUUAUGCCUGCACGAGUACUGUUACAAGAUCUUACAGGAGUACCAUGUUUAGUUGAUUUAGCUACAAUGAGAGAUACUGCAGAAUUAUUGGGUGGAAAUGCAGAUAAAAUAAAUCCACAAAUACCAGUAGAUUUAGUAAUAGAUCAUUCUGUUCAAGUAGAUCAUAGUAGAAGUCCAGAUGCUUUAGAAUUAAAUGAAAAGAAAGAAUUUGAAAGAAACAUAGAAAGAUUUAAAUUUCUAAAAUGGGGAAUGAAUUCAUUUGAAAAUAUGUUAAUAUUACCACCAGGAUCAGGAAUAGUACACCAGAUAAAUUUAGAAUAUUUGGCUCAUUCUGUAUUUAACAAUAAUGGUUUAUUAUAUCCUGAUAGUUUGGUGGGUACCGAUUCUCAUACUACUAUGAUAAAUGGUUUAGGUAUACUAGGAUGGGGUGUUGGAGGUAUAGAAGCAGAAGCAACCAUGUUAGGUUUACCUAUAUCUAUGAUAUUACCAGAAGUGGUAGGUAUAAAUGUAGUAGGUAAUUUGUCAGAUUAUUUACUAAGUACAGAUAUUGUUUUAUAUAUAACAUCCUUUUUAAGAAAAGAAGUAGGAGUGGUAAAUAAAUAUGUAGAAUUUUUUGGGCCUAGUUUAAAAAGUCUAAAAUUAGCUGAUAGAGCAACUAUUGCAAAUAUGGCACCAGAAUAUGGAGCUACUGUUGGGUUUUUCGGUGUAGAUGAUAUAACAUUAGAAUAUCUUAUACAAACUGGUAGAGAUAAAGAAAAAGUGAAUCUAAUACGUGAGUACUUAGUUGUCAACUCGCUGUUUAAUAAUUAUUCGGAGCAUAUUGAAUAUACUGAAGUGCAUACAUUAGAUUUAUCUAAAUUAAAUUUAUCCUUAUCAGGUCCUAAAAGACCACAUGAUAAUGUAUUAUUAUCAAAUUUACAUAAAGAUUUUACUUUAUGCUUGGAAUCACCAAUUGGUUUCAAAGGAUAUAAUAUCCCUAAGGAAGAACGUAAUAAAGAAAUAUUAUUUCAAUAUAAGGAUAAGCAAACAUACAAAUUAACACAUGGUAGUGUAGUCCUAGCUGCUAUCACAUCGUGUACUAAUACAAGUAACUCAUCCUCUAUGAUAGCUGCAGGAUUAUUGGCAAAAAAAGCAGUAGAAUUAGGUAUAAAAUCGUUACCAUAUAUAAAAAGCUCCUUAUCUCCUGGAUCUAAAGCAGUUCAGAAAUAUUUAGAAGCUGGUGGGUUAUUAACAUAUUUAGAACAGUUAGGUUUUUACAAUGUUGGUUAUGGAUGUAUGACAUGUAUAGGUAAUAGUGGUAAUUUAGACAAAGAAGUAGAGAGUGUUAUUAAUGAAAAUGAUUUAAUUUGUUCAUCUGUUUUAUCAGGAAAUAGAAAUUUUGAAGGAAGGAUUCAUCCUUUGAUUAAGGCAAAUUAUUUAGCUUCUCCAUCAUUAGUAGUAUUAUUUAGUCUUAUAGGCAAUGUAAAUAUUGAUAUAACAAAUUAUACAUUUAAUUGUAAUGGGAAAGCUAUUAAUGCAUUGGAGUUAAUACCAAGAAAGGAAGAAAUAAAUGCCUAUGAAGAAAAGUAUUUAAAAGCACAUAUGUAUACGGAUAUAUAUAAAAAUAUAAAGUAUGUAAACAAAUAUUGGAAUGAGAUAAAAAUUAAGAAAGACAAAUUAUACGAAUGGGAUAUAAAUUCUACAUAUAUACACAAACCCCCUUUUUUUAAUAAUAUGAAAUUAGAACUUGAAGAAAUUGAAGAUAUUAAAGAUGCUCAUAUUUUAUUAUUAUUAGGGGAUAGUAUAACUACAGAUCAUAUAUCACCAGCUGGUAUGAUACAUAAAUCGUCAGAAGCUUAUAAAUUUUUAAAAUCAAAAAAUGUAAAAGAUGAAGAAUUGAAUACAUAUGGAGCUAGAAGAGGAAAUGAUCAAGUUAUGAUAAGAGGUACAUUUGCAAAUAUUAGAUUAAUAAAUAAACUAUGCCCUGAUAAAGGGCCGAACACUAUACAUAUACCUUCAAAUCAGUUAAUGUCUAUAUAUGAAGCAGCUAUGAAAUAUAAGCAAGAACAGAAGGAUGUUAUAAUAAUAGCUGGAAAGGAAUAUGGAUGUGGUAGUUCUAGAGACUGGGCAGCCAAAGGAUCAUAUUUGUUAGGAGUAAAAGCUAUUUUAGCAGAAUCGUUUGAAAGAAUUCAUAGGAGUAAUCUAAUAGGUAUGAGUGUUCUACCCUUACAAUUUUUAAAUAAUGAAAAUGCAGCACAUUACAAUAUAGACGGUACAGAAACGUUUACUAUUUUACUCAAUGACGGAAAUUUAAAACCACAACAACAUAUAAAAGUUCAAAUGAACCAAAAGGGUAAUGUAGUCACAUUCGAUGUUCUUUGCAGGAUUGACACAGAAAUUGAAGUCAAAUAUUUUAAUAACGGUGGCAUAUUGAAGUAUGUCCUGAGAUCCUUGCUCAAGCAGGGUUAG